AAACAGGACAUAGUCCACAGCAGGGCUACGCAACAGGCAGAAGAAAAGAACAAUACAGCAACUACUUCACAUGUAAGGCUAACAGCUUCUGAUCUCUGUUUGUAAUGAAUUGUCAUCAUGGACUCUUCAUCAUCCUCCACAACAUCUGGACUGUUUCGCAGAGGUGGUAUUGCCUUCCGUCCCCCUAAAAUGUCUGAGAUGAGGCUCAUUCUGAUGGGGAACAACUGGUCUGACAAGAGUUCAGUCACAAAUUUAUUACUGGGUACAAAUAAGUGCAACAGAGAGGAAGAACCAAACACCUCCAUCACAGUCUCUGGAACAAUUAGGACAACAAAAACAGUUGUAAUAAACACUCCGGAUCUGCUUUGCCCAAUAAUCUCUGAAGACAAACUUAAAGAACAUGUGGAACAUUGUGUGAGUCUCUGUGCUCCGGGACCUCAUGUGUUUCUGUUGGUCGUUCAGCACAACAUCACUAACCAACAAAAGAAGAGACUUUAUAAGAUCCUUGAACUCUUCAGCGAUGAAGCAUUUAACUAUUCAUUGGUACUGAUCUCGACACCUGGAUGGGAAACUUCAGCUACAAAUUAUCCGUCUCACCAGCGACCCCUGCAGGAUCUCAUCAAAAUGUGUGGAGAGAACUGGGUCAGGCUGCAAAACAACCCUGAAGAGCUGCUGCUGAAACUGACUCAAAUUUUGAGAAUGAGCGCUGGGGACCAUAUUGUCUGUGGUCGUCCAAGCCUUGAACCCAUUAAAGAAACUCAUUCAUAUUUGGAUUCUUCAAGCCAUGUUCAUAGCCAGCAAUCACAGACCCACCUGUCUGGUAUUGAGAACAAUGAACCAGUCGGAAGCAUCAAAGCCAUCGUGUCAAUGCUGCAAGAAUCUGAGCUAAAGUUGCAGCAACCAGCCAAGCUUAACUUUGGGGCCAACCAGAAGCCAGAACCAGGAAGCAACAUUAAAAUCAUACAGUCAAAAUGGGAAGCCUCUCACCAGCAGCUGCCACCACAAAUUCAGCUUUCUGUCCAGGAGAACAAGAAACCACAACCAGGCAGGCAGAAUCCCUUCAUGUCAAAGUUCGAAGUGUCUGAGCAGCAGCAGCAGCCUGAAGUUCCGGUGUCUGUCAGUGACGAUGAAGACAGAGAAAUUAACGGAAGCUGGGAAAUGUUCAUGUCAUCAUUAGAAGGCGUAGAACCGAAUCCAGACGAUAUCAGAAUUGUUCUGAUAGGGAAGACUGGCAAUGGGAAAAGCUCAUCAGGAAACACCAUUUUAGGAAGAAAAGAGUUUGACGCCAAAUCAAGUCAAAACUCAGUUACAAAGCAAUGCCUGAAGGAAAAGACUCAAGUAGACGGCCGCUCAGUUUUUGUUGUCGACACACCUGGUCUUUUUGACAACAGUUUGAGCCAUGAAGAGAUUAAGCAUGAGUUGAUGGGGUGUGUUAAUUUUGUUGCUCCAGGACCACAUGUCUUCCUGCUGGUUAUACGGAUCGGUAGAUUUACACCAGAGGACAAAGAGACACUAGAAAUGAUCAAGAAAAUCUUUGGGAAGAAUUCAGAAAAGUUCACCAUCGUUCUUUUAACUGGAGGAGAGUUAUUGGAGCAAGAUGGCCUCACCAUUGAAGAAUACAUUAGACAGGAAUGUGGAGAUCCUUUCAAGCAGCUGGUUGCUGACUGUGGAGGAAGAUACCAUGUUUUUAAAAAUCAGGAUGUAGAAAACCGUACUCAGGUCAGAGAGCUGAUCAGAAAGAUUGACACAGUGGUGAAGGAAAAUGGAGGAAAGUGUUUCACCAAUGAGAUGCUGCAAGAGGCGGAGGCUGCCAUACAGAAGAACAUGAAGAUUAUUGCAAAUGAAACAAGUCACGAAAUAAAGAUAAUGGUGGAGGAACUUGAAAGAAAACUUGCAGCUGAAAAACAGAUCUGGAAAAUAAAGCCUGGAACGGCUAAAACAGAAAAUCUGCGACACGGAACAUUACAGCAGGACGACAGUGAGCCAAAAAGCUGCACCCUGUGA